GGCGCCGUGGCUACGGCUGAAGUGACCGUGGAGGACGCCGAGGCGCUGCCAGCCGCAGCGGGGGAACCGGAGCCCGACGACGACGCGGAGCUGCGGCCUCGCGGCAGAUCCUUAGUAAUUAUCAGUACUCUAGAUGGACGAAUUGCUGCCUUGGAUGCUGAGAAUCAUGGGAAAAAGCAGUGGGAUUUGGAUGUGGGAUCUGGCUCCUUGGUUUCAUCUAGCCUCAGCAAGCCAGAGGUAUUUGGGAAUAAGAUGAUCAUUCCGUCCCUGGAUGGAGACCUCUUCCAGUGGGACCGAGACCGUGAGAGCAUGGAAACUGUUCCUUUCACUGUGGAAUCCCUUCUCGAAUCUUCGUAUAAAUUUGGAGACGAUGUUGUUUUGGUUGGAGGAAAAUCUCUUACUACAUAUGGACUUAGUGCCUGUAGUGGAAAGGUGAGGUAUAUCUGUUCUGCUUUGGGGUGUCGCCGGUGGGACAGUGAUGAUCUGGAAGAAGAGGAAGACAUCCUUCUGCUGCAGCGCACCCAGAAGACAGUUCGUGCCGUUGGGCCUCGCAGUGGCAGUGAGAAGUGGAAUUUCAGUGUUGGCCACUUUGAACUUCGGUAUAUUCCAGACAUGGAAACUAGAGCCGGAUUUAUUGAAAGCACCUUUAAACCCAGUGGAGACAAAGAAGAGUCUAAAAUUAUUUCAGAUGUGGAAGAACAGGAAGCCUCCAUGUUGGACACGGUGAUAAAGGUUUCCGUUGCCGAUUGGAAGGUCAUGGCAUUUAGUAAGAAGGGAGGACACCUGGAAUGGGAGUAUCAGUUUUGUACUCCAAUUGCCUCUGCCUGGUUGGUUAGGGAUGGCAAAGUCAUCCCCAUCAGUCUGUUUGAUGACACCAGUUAUGCAUCUAAUGAAGAAGUUUUUGAAGAUGAAGAAGACAUUGUAGAAGCUGCCCGAGGAGCCACAGAGAACAGCGUGUACUUAGGAAUGUAUAGAGGCCAGCUGUAUCUGCAGUCAUCAGUCAGGAUCUCAGAGAAGUUCCCUAGAAGUCCAAAGGCCUUGGAAUCUGUCAAUAACGAAAAUGCAAUUAUUCCUUUGCCAACUAUCAAAUGGAAGCCCUUAAUUCAUUCUCCUUCUAGAACUCCUAUCUUGGUUGGGUCUGAUGAGUUUGACAAAUGUCUAAGUAAUGAUAAGUUUUCCCAUGAGGAAUACAGUAAUGGCGCACUUUCAAUCUUACAGUAUCCAUAUGAUAAUGGUUAUUAUCUACCAUAUUACAAGAGAGAAAGGAACAAACGGAGCACACAGAUCACAGUCAGAUUCCUGGACAACCCAAAUUACAACAAGAAUAUCCGCAAAAAGGAUCCUGUUCUUCUCCUACACUGGUGGAAGGAAAUAUUUGGAACAAUUUUAUUUUGCAUCAUAGCAACGACUUUUAUUGUACACAGACUUUUCCAUCCUCAGCCACACAGACAAAGGAAGGAGUCUGAAACUCAGUGCCAAACUGAAAAUAAAUACGAGUCUGUGAGUGGCGACUCCAGUGACAGCAGCUGGAACGACAUUAAGAACUCAGGAUACGUGUCCCGAUACCUAACAGACUUUGAGCCAAUUCAGUGCAUGGGUCGUGGUGGCUUCGGAGUUGUCUUUGAAGCCAGAAACAAAGUAGAUGACUGCAAUUACGCUAUCAAGAGGAUCCGUCUGCCCAAUAGGGAGCUGGCUCGUGAGAAGGUGAUGCGGGAAGUGAAAGCCUUGGCCAAGCUGGAGCACCCAGGCAUUGUGCGGUACUUCAACGCCUGGCUGGAGACACCCCCAGAAAAGUGGCAGGAAGAGAUGGAUAAGAUUUGGCUGAAAGAUGAAAGCACUGACUGGCCACUCAGCUCUCCUAGCCCAAUGGAGGCACCAUCUGUCAAAAUUCGCAGAAUGGAUCCUUUCUCAACAAAAGAACAUAUUGAAAUCAUAGCUCCCUCACCUCAAAGAAGUCAUUCUUUCUCGGUGGGGAUUUCCUGUGGUCAGACAAGUUCCUCUGAGAGUCAGUUCUCUCCACUGGAGCUCUCAGGGGUGGACCACGGGGAUGCAAGUGGGUCAGUGGAUGCAGCCUACAACCUCCUGGACAGUUGCCUGGCAGAGUGCGAUGUGGAUGAUGGUACUAUGGAUGGCAAUGACGAGGGGCACUCCUUUGAACUUUGUCCCUCUGAAGCCUCUCCCUACACAAGGUCGAGAGAGAGAACCUCCUCUUCCAUAGUGUUUGAAGACUCUGGCUGCGAUAAUGCAUCCAGUAAAGAAGAGCCCAAAAUGAACUGCCUGUAUAAUGGCAGCCAUUGUGCUAAUAAGCUAAGUGACUUCAAAUACUCCAGCAGCAAAUCUUCUUCCAAAGUCACUUUGUCCAUCUCUCCUCCAAGGCCAACCACUUUAAGUUUAGAUCUCACCAAGAACACGACAGACCAGCUCCAGCCCAGCUCUCCAAAGGUCUAUCUGUACAUUCAGAUGCAGCUGUGCAGAAAGGAAAACCUCAAAGACUGGAUGAACCGACGGUGCGCCAUUGAGGAGAGAGAGCGGAGUAUGUGUCUGCACAUCUUCCUGCAGAUUGCGGAGGCGGUGGAGUUUCUGCACAGCAAAGGACUCAUGCACAGGGACCUCAAGCCUUCCAACAUAUUCUUUACAAUGGAUGAUGUGGUCAAGGUUGGAGACUUUGGACUAGUGACUGCAAUGGACCAGGACGAAGAAGAGCAGACGGUUCUGACCCCAAUGCCAGCUUAUGCCACACACACAGGACAAGUAGGAACCAAGCUGUACAUGAGCCCAGAGCAGAUUCAUGGAAACAACUACUCCCACAAAGUAGACAUCUUCUCCUUAGGGUUGAUCCUGUUUGAAUUGCUUUACCCAUUCAGCACUCAGAUGGAACGAGUCAGGACCUUAACUGAUGUAAGAAAUCUCAAGUUUCCAACACUGUUUACUCAGAAAUAUCCCCGUGAGUAUAUUAUGGUUCAAGACAUGCUCUCUCCAUCCCCCAUGGAACGACCUGAAGCCACAAACAUCAUUGAAAAUGCUGUAUUUGAGGACUUAGAGUUUCCUGGGAAAACGGUUCUGAGACAGCGGUCUCGCUCCAUGAGUUCAUCAGGAAUAAAGCAUUCAAGACAGCCCAGCAGCUCCCACAGCCCUCUGCCCAACAGUUAGCCUUCAGCUAUGCCAGCAACCCCAACAGGUGACACAGAGCAGCCACCUUGAGGAACAUGACUUUCCACAGUGGUGGACUCAAAAUUUUUAUUUUUAUUUGAUCAAUUUUAUUUGGGACUGAUUUUUAACCCAAUUUGAUUUUUACUGUUCUUAUUGGAAAGGGCUAUGUAAACGACAUGAGAGCUUGUUCUUUGCUGGUCUCCUGAAAGUAGCUGCCAAGCUUUGUAGCCCUCACCUUUUGCCUCGGAGGUAAAAGCAGCCCCUGAAAUAGAGAGAUUUAAAAUGAAAAUGUUUUUAUAGCACAGAGGAAUAAAAUCCCCUCCCACAUGUAAUUAUGUUGUUCUAGAAAUAUGCUUUCUAGAGAUACAGUGAUGAUUUGGAACUGAUUUCUAGAAAAGUUGAUUCCACUUUGUCCCUGGUGAUAAGGACCCAGCUGCACUACUUUGGACAAGUAGCACAAAUAGUAUAGUGGUUUUUAGUCUUAUUUGUAGCAUUAAAUAUCCUUAGGUGGUUUUAGGGAGGGUUUAAGAGCUUGUGGUACCAUUUGCCUCCAGUAAAGGAGAAAGGAAGCUUUUAGGUAAAUCAGUCAGAAGUUCUGGUUUGGAGAGGAGGGAAAAAAAAAACUUUA